AUGCAAAGGAAAAAGAGGAGAAAAUAUGAAGGAAAGAAUAGGAGAAGACAGACUAAGGAAGAAGAGAACGAUAAGAUGAAUGAUGUAGAAGGGGAGAAGAAGGAGGAAAGAUCGGAGGAGACGCUGCCCCAGUUCCUGGAGCCCAUACCCAACAAGACGGUGGUAGUGGGCAGGAAUGUCAUCCUGCCCUGCUCCGUCGAUAACCUCAAGGGCUUCAAGGUGGCCUGGAUCUUCGUGGAGACGCAGACGAUCCUCACCAUCCAUCACACCAUCAUCACCAAGAACCCACGCUUCUCCCUGGCCAGGAACGACCACAAGCACUGGUACCUGGAGAUCUCUGACGUGAGGCCCAGUGAUCGAGGCAUGUACAUGUGUCAGGUCAACUCCGAUCCUAUGAUGAGCCAAGUCGGAUUUUUGGACGUACAAGUGCCGCCGGACAUCAUCGACGAGGAGAGCAGCUCGGAGGUGGUAGUGAAGGAGAGUCAAGACGUGACGCUGGAGUGUCGUGCCAGGGGCUCUCCCAAGCCGGUCAUAUCAUGGAAGAGGGAGGAUGGUGGCAAGAUAGAUAUAAACAAUGGCAUCAACUUGAAGGUGACAGACUCCGAGGUCCUGCACAUUCCCUCAGUCUCCAGGCUCCAUAUGGGCGCCUACCUGUGCAUCGCCUCCAACGACGUCCCUCCUUCCGUCUCCAAGAGAAUCACCCUCAAAGUCCAGUUUCAGCCGGUGCUGUGGAUACCUAACCAGCUGGUGGGCGUGGCCCGGGGCAUGGACGUCACCCUGGAGUGCCACACUGAGGCAUUUCCCAACUCCAUCAACUACUGGACGGACGACAAGGGCCAAAUGAUCCUCUCCAGUGGCCGCUUCGACAGCAUCGUAGCGGAGAACGGCUACAAGGCCUACAUGCGCCUUAAAAUCAAGAACGUCCAGCCUGAAGAUUUCAUGUCGUACGGCUGCUACGCUAAGAACUCCUUCGGCGAAACUAACGGAAAUGUUAAAGUCUACGAGAUCCCAAGGCAGAUGAUAGUGAACGUUCCUGAGCCCAAGAAAGAAGGCGAGAAUAAGAGGAAGAAGAACAGGAUGAAGGCUGAAAGGAAGGAGGAGGAGGAGGAGGAGGAUGUAGAUGCGGUGGAAGAGGACUCCAGGGAGAAGGAACCAAAGGGGGAGAACUACACUAAGAACUUCAGGAGGAAGGAGGGCCAAGUCGGAGGAAGCGACAGGCGUCGGGGCGGGAGACGACGGGAACCCGACAACGAGAGCGACGAGGGCAUGGUCUCCACUGUCACUCCCGACGGUGUUAUUGAGUUCGAUGUUCAGAGACUCCUUGGCAAGAACAAGAGGAAAGAUCCGGACGACGAGGAUGACGACGAGAAGUCUCCGGGUCACCGCUACGGCAGCCAUCCUGGACUUCGCAACAAUUCUUCGUCUGCGUCGAGACUUCGUUCUCCCGCCACGAGCAUCUUCCUCGCGUUUCUCCUUCGUCUGUUUGGCCUGUGGAACGCUGCCCUGCCUGUGUGACACGUUCAACGAAGACUGCAAUUGUGGACAUGAGAGGAAACCCAAUUUGUGAUAUGUGAUAGUCACCUGUUGAAUCUUGAAUAUUCGUGUUGCUGCCGUAUGUCUGGCAUUCAUUCCUUUACGUGGUCAUUGUCGUUGCUGUGUAUUUCGCAGGGAGGGAGGGAUGGGGGGAGUGUGUGGAGACGGGGAAGGGGGUGAGGGAGCAGGAGACCAAUCACUCGUGAAUCAUUUUAUUCUUGGUGCUGUUCUUGUGUGUAGCGUGUGAUAUCGUAUCGCUAACAAGUAGCACCCAUCAGAUCAUCAGUCUAACAGCACCACUGUGCGUAACGUUCCACUGACAAGGCUUCCAGCAUGUCAUUACUCUCUACCUGCCCUACCAGUGAUGAUUUUACAUGUCUGAAACAUUAAUUUUCUCGGGUUUCUUACUGGAGAGGUGCCCAGUUGCCUGUUGGCACUUCAAAGUGACUUGUGGCAUUGUCAUGUGACCUGUGACACUGUCAAGUGACCUGUGACACUGUCAAGUGACUUGUGGCACCCCCCAAGGGUCCCUAUAGAUCCUCCAAUGAGGUUACUCCUAGAGCCGCUAAGUAACAAGUAGCGCUGCUUUAUCCUCUAUUGCGACUUUAGGUUUUAAAGUGUAAACAAACACUGAACAGCGCCACGGGGCUACAACAGGAGAACCUAGUUACCUGAGAGUAAAGGACUACAAGAAGGACAAUUUCGCAUGAUGAUCGAAAGCUGUCAAUCGAUGUGAAGCAUAGUUACGUUGCCCGCGGCCUUGACACCUCUGCGCUGCCAGUGGCCGCUACACAGGACUAACGGACCAUAGGCGAAGAGUAGCAGAAGCCGCUAGCUUAGCUGGCUUCAAGAGACGGGCGGCCAGAGGCUGUGUUGUGUUCAGCUUCCUCCGCCUUUCUUGAUGCUCCAUUAUCAUCUUCUCCCAUUUCUUCUUUGUGGUAUCUUCGCGAGGCUUUUUGCUCUUGUUUCCUCUCUUUCUUCUCAUUCUGCUCUCCUUUUGAGCUUUCUCAAAUCGUUUUCUCUCUCCUCUUUAUCUAUUAGUUGCCAUGUUCUCUCUCUCUAUCUUUCCCUUUCUCUGCCAUCAUCACCCUCUCCGUCCAUUCUGCGCCAAAGUCUUUCUUGUUACUCUGUCUUCAGCUUCGUUUUUUUUUCGUCCUUGUCUCCCUCCUUUCUUCUUUCCUCUCUUGAUUUCUCGUUUAUUACCCAAUGUAUCUUCCCCGGGUUUCCUUCCUCUUUCUACUUGUGCCUCGGUUAUCACCUCCUUCAUCUUCUCCGUGCCUCUUCCCUCUUCGUCUUGUCGGCUCAUCGACGUCAGCAAUUAAGGCAAAAUUUUGCCUUCUGCAGGUGUCAGCUCCCUCUCUCCUCCCCCCCCCCCCCCGACACUCACGUUCCUCUGCAUUAUCGCUGACACUUGCACCUGUGUUAGUACACACAACUGUGCUGACGUCCUCCCCUCACAUCAACACCUUUGUAAAUAUCUUCACUACACAUUAAAUAACACGCUUCCGCCUCAUACACAUUUAACGUAGCAGAUCAACUUAAUAUUAAUUUUUUUAAGGGUCGUUUUUUUUUUAGGAUAUAUUUAGUUCUUUAUUAAAGUUCUUUAAUGUUUAUGAAGUGUAAAAGUUCCCUUAGGGAGCAAAAAUAUUGCUUCGAAAGGAUAGUUUAAUAUAUAAAGUCCGGCUUUUCAAAACGAUAACUGGAUUGGGGUUUAUGGCGAAGGCUUUGUAAUCCACAGGAUCGGCGUUCGAUCCCCGAUAGUCCAAGUCGUUUAGCACUAUUCUCUGACCCUAUUCUCGUAUGUCAGCUCCUUUUCCUCUUAUCCCUUCCAUGUGUUAUAUAGUCCAACCCGUUCUCGCACUUUCUUACAGUCAAUAUUGACUUAUUAAAUACGUGCAUAUAUGA